CAACGUCGAUCUCGCGGCCGCCACCGAGCACGGCUGCCUCGUCGUCAACGCGCCCACCGCCAACACCGUCGCCGCCGCAGAGCACGGCAUCGCGCUGCUCUGCGCCAUGGCCCGGAACGUCGCCCAGGCCGACGCCUCCCUCAAGGCUGGCAAAUGGGCGCGCACCAAGUAUGUUGGUGUGUCUCUUGUUGGCAAAACUCUUGCUAUCCUUGGGUUUGGAAAGGUUGGGUCAGAGGUUGCACGCCGUGCUAAAGGUCUAGGAAUGCACGUGAUUGCACACGAUCCAUAUGCUUCUGCUGAUCGUGCUCGUGCAAUUGGAGUUGACCUAGUGAGCAUGGAAGAGGCUAUGACAACCGCCGACUUUAUCUCAUUGCAUAUGCCCCUUACCCCUUCAACAAACAAGAUGCUCAACGAUGAAGCCUUUGCGAAGAUGAAGAAGGGUGUUCGGAUUAUAAAUGUUGCCCGUGGUGGUGUGAUUGACGAAGAUGCUCUAGUCAGGGCCCUUGAUGCAGGAAUUGUUGCACAGGCUGCUCUUGAUGUGUUCACUAAGGAGCCUCCAGCAGCAGACAGCAAGUUAGUGCUGCAUGAGAAUGUUACUGUGACACCACAUCUUGGUGCCAGCACAGUAGAAGCACAGGAAGGAGUGGCUAUUGAAAUAGCUGAAGCUGUCACUGGAGCUCUGAAAGGGGAGCUUGCAGCUUCGGCCGUCAAUGCACCAAUGGUUCCCGCUGAGGUGCUUUCAGAGCUUGCACCUUAUGUCAUGCUCGCUGAAAAGCUUGGGCGCCUAGCUGUCCAGCUUGUUGCCGGUGGUGGCGGUAUCAAGUCUGUGAAGGUGACCUAUGCAUCUGCAAGGGCUCCCGAUGAUCUUGACACGAGACUUCUCCGUGCAAUGAUCACCAAGGGUGUGAUCGAACCAAUCUCCGACGUUUUCGUCAAUCUGGUCAACGCCGACUUUACCGCGAAGCAGAGGGGCAUCCGUGUCAGCGAGGAGAAAAUUGUGAUGGAUGGCUCACCCGAGACACCUCUCGAGUACAUUCAGGUUCAGAUAGCCAAUGUGGAGUCCAAAUUCCCCAGUGCGAUAUGCGACUCCGGACUGGUCACGGUGGAGGGGCGGGUGAAGGACGGCAUCCCUCACCUUACCAAGGUCGGAGCGUUCGAGGUGGACGUGAGCAUGGAGGGCAGCCUGAUCCUGUGCAGGCAGGUCGACCAGCCUGGCAUGAUCGGGUCGGUCGGAAGCGUCCUGGGCGAGGAGAACGUCAACGUCAGCUUCAUGAGCGUCGGGAGGAUCGCUCCCCGCAAGACGGCUAUCAUGGCGAUAGGCGUCGACGAGGAGCCCAGCAAGGCCACGCUGACCAAGAUCGGGGAGAUCCCUGCGAUCGAAGAGUUUGUCUUCCUCAAGCUCUAGGCGCAUAUGAUUUGCAAACUUGAUUGUGCAAUUUUGGCGUAGCUAGCUGGUUGGUCAGGGUCUAGGUGUUGUGUGGUCGUUCGGCGGAAUAAGCUUGUUCGUGGGGAUUUAUGUGGUGGUUGUCGAGUUAGGUUUGGUAUUUUGGUUAAUCCAUCUUAUCUUAUGUUUCAGCAUGAUGCUAUUAAUUAAUAAGGAGGUCGCUGUCAA